GACUGCAUCAGUCGCCGCUGCUGGAGCGGCUGCCACAAGGAGAGCGGGCAGCGCAGCAGCCAGCGAGCGCGCGGCCUGGGAGGCUGCAGGCGCCCCCUCACUCCCGCCUGGGCGCAGCCCCGGGAGCGGGCUGGGGGCGCCGGAGCACACUCCGGCAUGAAGCGGCUUCCCCCUAGGCUGGUGCAAGCCGGUGCCAGGGUCCAAGGACAAAGCCGGGAAGCGCUGGUGGCGCCACUCCUCAGGCUGAGGGGGGGGCAUGCACCUGCAUAGCCCGCCGGGCCUUGGCUCUCCUCUCCCCGGAGCCUCAACUCCGCUGCUCCGGCGUAGCCGGCUCUGGAUUUACUAGAAGCCAUUUUGUCUCCCCCUCCCCUCCCCCCUCCCCGCCCCCUCUACUUUCCCCUUUUGUUAAUUACAACUAAGAAGUAAGAAUGGGAACGAGGUGGCCAGCUCUUGGGGAGACCGCUUAAGGACACCACGCCAAUUCCUCCCUUCCGAGAUGGAAAGAGGCGCUCCUAGCUCACUUAAGCCGGGGUAGGGCUGGUUCUCCUUUCCGAGCCAAAAUCCCAGGCGAUGGUGAAUUAUGAACGUGCCACACCAUGAAGCUCUUGUGGCAGGUAACUGUGCACCACACCUGGAAUGCCGUCCUGCUCCCGGUCGUCUACCUCACCGCGCAAGUGUGGAUUCUGUGUGCAGCCAUCGCUGCUGCCGCCUCCGCCGGGCCCCAAAACUGCCCGUCUGUCUGUUCGUGCAGUAACCAGUUCAGCAAGGUGGUGUGCACCCGCCGGGGUCUCUCUGAGGUCCCCCAGGGUAUUCCCUCCAACACCCGGUACCUCAACCUCAUGGAAAACAAUAUCCAGAUGAUCCAGGCCGACACUUUCCGACACCUCCACCACCUGGAGGUCCUGCAGCUGGGCAGGAACUCCAUCCGGCAGAUUGAGGUGGGGGCCUUCAAUGGCCUAGCCAGCCUCAACACCCUGGAGCUGUUUGACAACUGGCUGACAGUCAUCCCCAGUGGGGCCUUUGAGUAUCUGUCCAAGCUGCGGGAGCUCUGGCUGCGAAACAACCCCAUAGAAAGCAUCCCCUCUUAUGCCUUCAACCGGGUGCCCUCCCUCAUGCGCCUGGACUUGGGAGAGCUCAAGAAGCUGGAGUAUAUCUCUGAGGGGGCUUUUGAGGGGUUGUUCAACCUCAAGUACCUGAACUUGGGCAUGUGUAACAUUAAAGAUAUGCCUAAUCUCACCCCCCUGGUGGGGCUGGAGGAGCUGGAGAUGUCAGGGAACCACUUCCCUGAAAUCAGGCCUGGCUCCUUCCAUGGCCUAAGCUCCCUCAAGAAGCUAUGGGUCAUGAACUCACAGGUCAGCUUGAUUGAGCGGAAUGCUUUUGAUGGUCUGGCCUCACUUGUGGAACUCAACUUGGCCCACAAUAACCUCUCUUCUCUGCCCCAUGACCUCUUCACCCCACUGAGGUAUUUGGUGGAGUUGCACCUACACCACAAUCCUUGGAACUGUGAUUGUGACAUUCUGUGGCUAGCGUGGUGGCUUCGGGAGUAUAUACCCACCAAUUCCACCUGCUGUGGCCGCUGUCAUGCUCCCCUGCACAUGCGAGGCCGCUACCUGGUGGAGGUGGACCAGGCCUCCUUCCAGUGCUCUGCCCCCUUCAUCAUGGAUGCACCUCGGGACCUCAAUAUCUCUGAGGGUCGGAUGGCGGAACUUAAGUGUCGGACUCCCCCUAUGUCCUCUGUGAAGUGGUUGCUGCCCAAUGGAACAGUGCUUAGCCACGCCUCCCGCCACCCCCGGAUCUCUGUCCUCAAUGAUGGCACCUUGAACUUUUCCUACGUGCUGCUCUCAGACACUGGGGUAUACACGUGCAUGGUGACCAACGUGGCAGGCAACUCCAAUGCCUCGGCCUACCUCAAUGUGAGCACGGCCGAGCUCAACACCUCCAACUAUAGCUUCUUCACCACGGUCACAGUGGAGACCACUGAGAUCUCGCCUGAGGAUACAACACGCAAAUACAAGCUUGUUCCUACCACGUCCACUGGUUACCAGCCGGCAUAUACCACCUCUACCACGGUGCUCAUUCAGACCACCCGUGUGCCCAAGCAGGUGGCAGUACCCGCGACAGACACCAAUGACAAGAUGCAGACCAGCCUGGAUGAAGUCAUGAAGACCACCAAGAUCAUCAUUGGCUGCUUCGUGGCAGUGACUCUGCUAGCUGCCGCCAUGUUGAUUGUCUUCUAUAAACUUCGUAAGCGGCACCAGCAGAGGAGUACAGUCACAGCCGCCCGAACAGUUGAGAUUAUCCAAGUGGAUGAAGACAUCCCAGCAACGGCAUCCUCAGCAGCAACAGCCGCUCCAUCCGGUGUAUCAGGUGAGGGGGCAGUAGUGCUGCCCACAAUUCAUGACCAUAUUAACUACAACACCUACAAACCAGCACAUGGGGCCCACUGGACAGAAAACAGCCUGGGGAACUCUCUGCACCCCACAGUCACCACUAUCUCUGAACCUUAUAUAAUUCAGACCCAUACUAAGGACAAGGUACAGGAAACUCAAAUAUGACUCCCCCUCCCCCAAAAAACUUAUAAAAUGCAAUAGAAUGCACAAAAAAAAAAAAAAAAAGCAACUUUUGUACAGAGUGGGGUGAGACUUUUUCUUGUAUAUGCUUAUAUAUUAAAUCUAUGGGCUGGUAAAAGAAACAGAUUAUAUUAAAAUUUAAAAACAAAAAAAUCAAAACAAAACUAUUUUCUAAUUUGUAAGUUCUAUUUAAACAGGGAGUGGGGUUCUCGGGAAUGAUGUGGGGUAGAGGCCACAAGCCAACUUGCUAUGUUGCCAGAAGGGCUUUCUGGUAUAAGAUUGAAACUGCUAAGAUAAAACAAACUAAGACAUCAACAAAUAUCCGUAAAGAGGUAGGGUGUGGGCUGCUGAGGGAUGGGGGUGGGGGUAGAAUGAAUCUGUCAUUUUUUUUAGAAGAUGCUCUAAAGGAUACAGGAAUAUCCAUUUCUAUAGACACCUUUCUUAAGCUGAGAGCUGUCUUUGCAGAUUUAUCUUAUUAAAAAAAAAAUACAAAAAAAAAAAAAGCACCAAGAAUUUGUACUGUGCUAAAAUGUUGAGAGGCAAUAAUUUUUUUCUUCAAAGGCCAAGUGGAAGAUAGAUCUGUAAAUGUAUUUUAAAUAGGAAAACCACCAAAAUUCAAAUGAAUCCUUAAAGGGGCUGAGUCUUUAUAACUGUCCAUGUGCACAAGUCUCCUUGGUUUAUGCACUGGGACACACGUGUGCCCCGCCUGAUAGAGCGCUUCAGGAAGGAGCAGAGAAGGAAGAGAGCUGGUGUAGCUCUCAGUCAAAUGCUUUCACAGUGCACCAGAUUCCUGCAGUUGGGCUUAACCCAAUCUGUGCGAGGCAUGUGUCUAUAUUCAGGGUUUCCCAUGAGGAGGAGGAGGCCCCUGAAGUGGGUGCGGCAACAGAGGGGGGGUGGGAAGGGAGAGCAGAAGCAGGGAGAAUGUAUUCACAGGAGGCCAUAAAUUAGCAUUGUUGCCAUGUCCACCUGUUGUUCCCAGUAUCUGACAAAUGAUUGUAGACAAUAAUGGCAUUUUAUGAUUUUUGAAAAUGGUUUUGUUUGUUUUAAAGUGGAGAGGGAAGAGGCUGGGGGUGGGGAGCUUGGGGGAGUGGAAGCUUUUCUCCGGCUUGUGAUUUGGUGACUAUUCUAAAUGCUGAUUCAUUAGGGAUUAUUACAGCUGAUGUCAACUGGUUGUUGUGAUGGGAGGGGACAGAACAUGAGUAGAUAAGAAAAAGGAGAGCGAGCAAGGACACAGGCUCAUUUAAAGUAAAAUGAAGCCUUUCCCAACCAGGAUGGUUCACAAAAAAUAUGUGAAAUCCACAGAAAAAACAAAAGUGAUACACAUGUACACAUAAGUUCUGCAUGGAGUCCUGUUGGAUGUAGCACAACGGGGGAAAGGCUUCCCUCUCCCAGGCCUACCUCAGGAGGAGGUGGAAGGUAAAGGGUGGGCAUGGAUGGGGAAGGCAGAGAUCUCUGUUAUUCUGGUCCAUUUAAUGCUGUAACUUCUUUCAUUUAUUAUUUUAGCUUUAAAAGGAAAUAAAGGGUUCAGAUUUGAAAGGGGUUGGGGUGGGUGGGGGGAAUGUCAACAAAAGAACACUGAUUGUAAUGUGAGAAAGUGUAUUUUUGUAUUUUAAUAAAUAUUGUUCAAUUUUUAA